AUGCUGUCGCUGCUGGUCGUGCUCGCUCUCGUAGCGAAUACUGUAUCAAACAUGUACGUCCUGUUGCACGCAGGGAACUUCGUCUACAUAGAUACCGUCAGAGGUUGGAUCGGCCAUCUCCUGGAGCAAGCUUCACAGGCGGGCAUGGCAGAUUCGUGCGCUGCCGCAGGCGGCGACAGUUCAGGCCCCAUCCAAACAGAGGUCGUCAAAGCCGAGUGCGAGUCGACCCAGCCUGGCGGCGACGGCAAUGUGCAGCCGACAGUGCCGUUCUCGUCGCCAGUCCGCCUCUUCGUUCACAUCCGUGAGAUCGACGCCACUGUGAAAGCGAUGCGCCCGCGCUUGAGAGCCUUCGUUGAGCUGAUGCUGAAGUCCGCGCUGGGCGCCCAGAAGCUGCACAAGCUCGCGGCCACCAGAGUGGGCAGCUCUUGGCGCGAUCACUUCGACAAGGACGCGUCGGGCGACACUGUCCUGAGACAUUUCAACCACAACGUUGCGGUCACCGACAAUAUUAUCAUAUACCUUGAGAGCCUUCACUUGCUUGCCGACCCAGACUGGUGGCUCGACGGCGAGUCACUUUCAAAGAGCAGCACCAAGCCCGACGAGCAGACCCUCUGCAACUUCAGCAGGGUCCACCACGAGCACACCUCAGCCACGCCCUUCACCGUGCUGACCUCAUCCACCCUCGAUCUCCCCGAGGUCGGAGAUGACGUCGCAGCGUUGUUCGCGGCGUUUGCUGGGCAUGUCGGCCAGCGCAUGUACGACUUCAAGGCGACAGCGUUCUUGGUAUAUAAGAGUUCUACGAUUUCUGACGUGGAGGUGCUCCUGGGGAGCGUUCACGCCGACGUCUUAAAGGAGUGCGACGACUCGGCCCUGUAUCCUCACUUGCUUCCUAAGGGUGUUGGAGUUCUCCCCCAUAACCGAGCUCUCGAGCACCUGCGAUGCUUCAUCAGAGCAGUCAUGCUGACGGAGAUCGACGUCCCUGGCAUGUUCAACUCAACUGUGGAUGCACCGAAGCCCAGCAUCGACCUGCGCAUGCUCGGUAUGGAGCUCAAGUGCGCAGUCGCCGACGUGGUCGCAGUCAUUUCCUCAGCCGAGGUGGCUAUAGGCAGGAAGGCUCGCUCCAAGGAUAAGCAGUUCAUGAGUCAAGAGUACCUCUGCGGGACGGCCACCUUCAUAUUGCAGAUCCUCCACGCUGCGCUGCAGAAGCUGGACAGCAUGGCCAACGACCCCGGGGCCAUGGAGUUCGAGAAGACAGGCUGGCAGCUCCGCGAGCCGAUCCACACCAUGCGUCACUGGUGCCUGUUGGCGGCAAGAGUCAGCGGGCGUUACGAGAGCAUGCUCUUGCUGGGCAUGGCCGAGGUCUUGACCAACGAGGGGCAGGCGACGGCAAAGGUCACCCCUACUUGGACAGCAUGUUUCGUCGACGACGCGUUCAACGAGACGAUGGCAAUGGCGAUGCUCAAGAACAAGCUGGACGUCGUGAUCAACCGCCACAACUCACUCCACACCUGGAUCAAAGCCUUCUCCACGUCAGCAGCCGUGCUGUCCAUCAACCCCCGCGUGCAGGACCGCCCGACGACGUCCGAGUCAGUGAACGUGGCACUCCAGUUGCUGAAGGACGCUGCGGGAGCAAGCGUGGUCAUCAGGGGCGUCGACCUGUUGACUGCGUAUCGUCAUCGCCCUGAGGGGCCGACGAAAGCGACAGAGUUCUUGACGGAGAACGAGGGUCGCUACCCCAAGGUACCGCAGUGCUUCUGGCAGUUGUUCAAGGACCUGCAGGCGCACGCACUUCCAUCCCAGCCUUUGCCAGCACAGGCUGGCGAGGCGUUGGCCCCUGGCGCAGGCGCGUCUGGGGGCGGGGCCCACCUCGCGCCAGCCAGGAGUUUCAAGCGCAACAGGCACUAG